AAUUUCCAGCUCAAAAGGGAAGUGCAGUGUCCACUCAUCAUCUAUCUUUCCUCGGUCCCGACCACACACAAUAACAAUGUCAACUCUUUGUUCUGCACUUCCUCCAUCAUCAUCAUCAUCACCCUCCAUAGCAAAGUUCAUCUCCGACCAACCAUGCCUCACCAUGCUCCAAACCCAAUGCACCAACAUGAAAGACCUCCAAAAGAUCCAUGCCCACAUCAUCAAAACCGGCCUUGCUCACCACACCGUUGCUGCUAGCCGCGUCCUCACUUUCUGCGCCUCUUCAUCUGGUGACAUCAACUAUGCCUACUUGCUCUUCACCACCAUUCCAAGCCCAAACCUUUAUUGCUGGAACACAAUCAUCAGAGGCUUCUCUCGGAGCUCAACCCCUCAUCUUGCAAUAUCUCUUUUUGUUGAUAUGUUGUGUUCUUCAGUUCUGCCCCAACGCUUGACUUACCCUUCUGUUUUCAAGGCUUAUGCUCAACUGGGUGCUGGCUAUGAUGGAGCUCAGCUUCAUGGGAGGGUUGUUAAGUUGGGUCUUGAGAAGGACCAGUUUAUUCAAAAUACUAUCAUUUACAUGUAUGCUAAUAGUGGGUUAUUGAGUGAGGCUAGGAGAGUGUUUGAUGAACUUGUGGAUCUUGAUGUGGUGGCUUGCAAUUCUAUGAUUAUGGGGCUUGCUAAGUGUGGGGAGGUUGAUAAGUCUAGGAGGUUGUUUGAUAACAUGCCUACAAGAACCAGAGUUACUUGGAAUUCUAUGAUUAGUGGUUAUGUUAGGAAUAAGAGGCUGAUGGAGGCAUUGGAGCUUUUCCGCAAGAUGCAGGGAGAAAGGGUUGAGCCUAGUGAAUUUACAAUGGUGAGCUUGUUAAGUGCUUGUGCCCAUUUAGGAGCACUUAAACAUGGGGAGUGGGUUCAUGAUUAUGUAAAAAGGGGUCAUUUUGAGUUGAAUGUCAUUGUUCUCACAGCAAUUAUUGACAUGUACUGCAAGUGUGGAGUUAUUGUAAAGGCUAUUGAAGUGUUUGAGGCAUCACCCACAAGAGGAUUAUCAUGUUGGAACUCCAUUAUAAUAGGACUUGCCCUGAAUGGUUAUGAGAGAAAAGCAAUUGAGUACUUCUCUAAGCUUGAAGCCUCAGAUUUAAAGCCAGACCAUGUAAGUUUCAUUGGUGUUUUAACUGCUUGUAAAUAUAUAGGAGCAGUAGGAAAAGCAAGGGACUAUUUUUCUCUGAUGAUGAAUAAGUAUGAGAUUGAGCCAUCCAUAAAACACUACACUUGCAUGGUUGAAGUGCUAGGUCAAGCUGCGCUACUAGAAGAAGCAGAACAACUAAUAAAGGGUAUGCCUCUAAAGGCUGAUUUUAUUAUAUGGGGGUCUUUGCUUUCAUCUUGUAGGAAGCAUGGGAAUGUAGAAAUUGCGAAACGAGCUGCACAAAGAGUCUGUGAGUUAAAUCCAAGUGAUGCCAGUGGUUAUUUACUUAUGUCUAAUGUUCAGGCUGCAUCCAACCAAUUUGAAGAGGCAAUGGAGCAAAGAAUUUUGAUGAGAGAAAGAUUGGCAGAGAAGGAGCCAGGAUGCAGUUCAAUAGAACUAUAUGGUGAGGUUCAUGAGUUCUUGGCUGGGGGGAGGCUACAUCCUAAAGCUCGAGAGAUUUACUAUUUACUGAAUGACUCCAGUUUUGCACUUCAAGAUUGAUUAUCUCCGAAGGGAUGAACUCGUGAAAUUUAAAAAUCAAUCUGUACACAAGGAAGUAGCUUUAAUACAGAGAAGAAUUACAAUAUAUGAGGAUCUCACAAUCGAACCAAAUAUCCAAUUUGUUUGUCAAUACACUGGGAUUUUUAGUUUGAUAAGGGGAAAAAAGUUCCUAAAGUAGAAAGAGUAAGAUUGGGGCACAGGGCCAUGACAUGAAAUUCAAAUAUGCAAAAAUCCAUUUCAUUAUUGUUAUAUUAUGUCUUCCCAAAUUAUUCCAGUCA